AUGGAGGCCGGCCUGCGCGCGCUUGGCCACCGCUACUGCGGCGGCUGCGCCGUCAGCCUCGGUGGGUUCGCCGCCGCGCGUGCCAUCCGGCUCCGGCGCCAGCGCCGCGCGGCCGCCUUCUGCUCCCUUGCUGUUAGUGGAGAUGGGAAUGGCGCCGCGGGUGUCCCCGUGGGGAGCGGCGUCGAGGUGGCGCGAGCCAGCAGGAUGCUUCACGUCGUGCUCGUCUCGCCGCUGAUACCAGGGAAUACAGGGUCCAUUGCAAGGACAUGUGCUGCAUCUGCAGUUGGCCUGCAUCUUGUCGGGGAAGGAGAUAAAAGGCUGUUGGCAUUCACCAAAAGAGGCACACAAAUCCAUUCAGAUUUCUCCUACAGGCCAGGGGACUGGCUAGUCUUUGGUUCUGAAACAAAAGGAUUGCCUCAACAAGCCCUUGAGGAUUGCUGUCCAGAGGGCCUAGGCGGUGGAACCCCGGAUUCCCAUGGUGGAAACCUACGUCCGGUGCCUCAACCUCUCCGUCAGCGUUGGAAUCGCACUGUAUGA